AUGCAACUCACAACCCCUCUCAAAUUCCUAUCUCUCCUCAGCCCAAUCCUCGCCCUCGACUACAUAUCAACAUAUAAUCUCGGCGCUGCCCGUUGGGACGCAACUCUGACCGACACACCCAAUAACAUUACUUGCACCAUCACUUACGACGAUAUUUCUUCCCUCCUCAUCGCAGAUUCAGAUGGAUAUCUCAGUAGUGCGGUUGCGAUUGUGAUGCCAUGUAGUGAUUUGAAUGCCGUUGCCACCACUGUUGUUGGGAAAGAGAGCUCGAGUGUUAGCUAUACGGUACCCGGAGAAGAGAAGAAAGAUUUUGUGGUAGCAAGGAGGACUGUGUUGGAAGACGGAGAGGUGAUUAUGAUGUCUUAUGGAGCAUGA